UGCUGAAUCGAGUGUCCCAUUUUCUCCCGUCACACUCUAGAACGCAACGAUUGCGUGUUUCUAAUCGGAGAAAUUAUUAUUCUCCUUCAAUCAAGUUUGUCCAUCGUAUUUCGUCACCGCUUACGAAGCCGUGUCCUUUUUCGCGUACAAUCAACAAUCGUCCCAGGCUUAAAAAAUAGUAAAUCGAAGCUGCGUGUGGGAAAUAGAGGGCGCGCUUAUAUUCCAUUAGCACACAGACCAACCCGAAAGGAAGAGAGACUGAGCGAGAGAGAAGGAUGGAAGCGCGGGAGCUCGAGCCGCGGGGUGGAUUGGAGGACCGCAGCGAUAAAAUGACGUUGGUACUCUCUCGAGAAUUCAGUUGUAAGCGAGCGGUAGACGGCGAGUGAUUUGUAAAAAAAAUUACCAAACAAUUUAAAAGACACAGUGUUGAAAUUCGAACGGAAAGACGCAGAGUCCCAAUUUAUUGACCCACCGCCUUCCUAUUUUUAGGGUUAUGUACACCUGAUUCAUGGCAUGAAUACAACCAUGUAAUGUUACGGUGAAAAAUGUGCGACGCGCCCAAAAAUUAGUGUCAAAAAAGACUGCACGACCGCUCAGAGUUUUCGUUGAAUCGACGUAUAAUGUCAAGCAGUGUGUGCCACGCGCCUUUACCAGCACGCAUGGAAGCAUUCACGACAAGGAUUUGUUUGCGGGCUGUUGAUCAGUAUGAACGUCUACUUCAAGCACAUUUUAACAAGCCAUCAAGCAAGGACAACAACAAAGAUAAUAAGCUGAGAUUACCCAGGAAAAAUCAUGAGAAAAUAGUCGUCUCUCGGAACAAACAUCAGGAACGACUGAACAAUGAGGCAAGGGCAGACUCUCUGGAGCACGAAAGUUCCACAUCCUCUGGAACGUUUUCCGGCGUAAACGCUCUGCGACAAUGGAGAAAAAAUGCCUAUUUGGGGAAUGAAAAUAGACAUGACAAUUCGUCAAUCAACAAACAGGAAUCUGCUACGUCCAAUUUAAAUAAUGAUAAAUCUCAUUGUAUUGCCGAUUCGACGUCGAUCCUCAUCAACUCUACUAUGAAACAAUUCCCAAAUAUUUUGUCCGAUGCGACCAGACCUGAGGAGGAUUUAUCCCUCAAAUAUCUCGCACUGAACGCUUUGGAACUUACAGCCCCAGCGAGUGACGUUUUAUUGAAGAAUCGUUUGAAAUCGUGGUUCCAGUUGUCCGGACAUCCGGAUGGUUUUGCACCAGCUGGCCCUGGAACCGUGUGGAAACGCCGGACCGGAGGGCUCGAAAAUACAGAGAGAAACGUUUACGAGUCACUGAGCAAAGACGCUGAGAUGCGAGAAUGCAUACCACGGUAUUACCGCGAGGUCGAGUACAAAGGGGAAACAUUCAUUGAGCUGCAAGAUUUGUUAUUCGGCUUCAACGAUCCUCACGUAAUGGACAUAAAGUUAGGCACGAGAACGUUCCUCGAGUCCGAAGUUUCGAAAACGACCGAAAGACCCGAUCUCUAUUUGAAAAUGAUCGCCGUUGAUCCCAACGCACCGAGCAGCCUCGAGCACGAAAAAAAAGCUGUCACGAAACUACGCUACAUGCAAUUUCGCGAACAACAAAGCUCCACUUGCAGUCAUGGCUUUCGCAUCGAAGCCAUGAAACUGCCGGGCACUCCACCCAUCACCGAGCUCAAAACCGUCAAAUCACAUGACCAAGUAUUGCGCACGAUGAAAUUGUUCCUCAGUGACGGUGCCAAAACUCGGGUACGACUUCUUGAUCGACUUCGCGACAUCAGGCGUAGAGUCGAGAGUUCCAAAUAUUUCCAAACUCACGAGAUUAUUGGAAGCAGUAUCUUCAUGAUUUACGAUGAAGAAAAAGUGGGAGUGUGGCUGAUAGAUUUUGCAAAAACUUAUAAAGUGUCCGAGGGUCAAACAUUGACGCAUAGAGCGCAGUGGAAAGAGGGAAACCACGAGGAAGGAUUCUUAUUCGGAUUGGACAAUCUAAUAUCAAUCAUCGAGGAAGUUGACAAUUUGUUGUGAAAAACAUUGAAUUUUGCAAAACAGAAGAGAAAUGCAAGAAUGAAUCAUCAGUUUGUGGGUUUCGAAUUCGAGAAUCUUGCAUCAGAGAGAAAGAGAGAGAGAGAGAGAGGAUGAACUGAAAAGAAAAAAAAGUACCAAAAGAUGGCGAGUGUAACCUCGUGUUAAAAUUGAUUGAUAAAAAUUAACUUAAUUGUUUAGAUCUAAUUAUUUGACUGACGAAAUGUUUGCUGGUCAAUUUCAAAGAAAAAUGAUAAUGCCCAAAGAAAGCUCAUGUUCAAUGAAAAAGAGAAAAAAUGUAUGGAAAUAACCGAAAACAAAAUCACGAGCAGACUAUUAUAGGGAAUGGCUUGGUGUUUUGUACCUUCCAUUUUUUCAAUUACUAAAUCUUUUUUCCAUACGUUGCUGACAUAACUUGUAAAGAACAAGUAGAAAAAAUCAAAUAAUCUAUGUAACUCGUUCCCAACGAGAAAGUGACUGCAAAAGGCAUUUAGUAUUAAAAAUUCUUGUUUAUACAGUGUGUAGAUAUAUAUAUUGUACCUUUUUAAUAUUUUAUGAUAAAUACUCGUGGAUUUAUAAAGAGAAUUUCACAAUAUAUAUAGAAAUCACCAUCAA